AUGACUCUCGACCCUACUAUACCCAAUGAGACCCCUACUGUAGAUGCUGUAAUACCAGUACAGCCUGUUGUGCAGGAUUCACAACUAGCUCCCACUACACCCACCCAACGGAAUAGUUCUGUGGAUGAUGGAACUAUCAUCCCUGCUGCAGAACUAGUGCUAUCGCAGUCUGCCUUGCAGGACUUGCAGUCAGCUAUCAUUGACACUCCCAUUAAAUGGGAUAGCUCCACUUUAUUACCCUUCACAACACUUGCGCUUAAAACUGGUGAAAAGGUCCCUUCCUUAUCGCGAUGUCGAGUUGACACUCUGAACGCCAUGGGCAAGGAGAUGCAAGACCAUGUCGUUGGCCUGAUGUCAGUGGAGAAUUUCCUUGACGAGUUCCUACCAAACCCAGACAAUCAUGACCCUUCGGACUUCACUACGCACUUCACCUCAGCCUACAAUACUGGAGUAUUUGAUAUGCAAUCCGUUACAAAAGAGGAGAAUUCUUACGAUCGAUUCAUGAGUGAACCCGCACCUAUCAAUGCUAUACGACCCUUUGCUCCCCAAUUAUCAUUCGUGAACACGUCCAGACAUUCAGAUACGCAGAACUGUUUGUUGUUCACAUUCAACAUCAAACCAGAUGUAUGUGUAUAUGCUGACGGAACAUCUCGCAGCUGCAAUAUUUCCAAAUUCAAAUUGAACAUCGAAUUCAAAUGGAAUGAUGCACACGACACAUUCAGCAAACAUUCUGGGAUUGAUAAGCCCAUUGUCUCUCAGACCGACAAGGGCUUCGACACAUUGGCUUGGUGCUCAAUAUUGCACUCACGCAUUCUCAGAUGGGAUAGGGAGGGAGUUAUCAUUACGGGUUCCUUCGAUUACAAUGACAAGCCAUACUUAGCCGACUUUUUUUAUUGUUAUGCACGAGCAUCGCCUGAAAUGCAUGGUGUCAAUAUAUCUGUGACGCCUGCUAGUGCCAAGGAUGCUGACCUUGCAAGGACGGUGUUAGGCCUUCCAACUACCACACGCAUGUUCAAAGUUGCAGUCCCUGAGGAUCCUGACAUCGAGGACUCUAGCCAGCUGACAUUGAUUAUCCCCCAGCCUGUUGCCAGAGGUUUUCCGCCUGUUGGCCAUUGGACUCGCACAUGCCCUGCAUUUGACAUCCUCAAUAAGAAGAUCAUGAUGUUCAAAGACUCUUGGCGCAUGUCGAUAAAGGAUGUCCUACCUGAAGGCGAGACCUGUAAAUUAUUAAUGUCACACAAAGUUCACAAUAUUGCAAGAUGCAUUGCAUUUCACAAUGUAAUCCACCCUAUCCCUCAGCAAAACACUCAGACUGUCAAGUCUGGAAGCGCUGAAUGGGCAUGUCCCAACAAGGCUGUCACUCCACACACUCUUCACCGCCUCGCCCUUGAUAUCGUGGGCGAGAAAUUGAAUGACUUUCAGAGUUCCAAACAACUUGUCCAAUCUAUCCCCCACCAGGAUGUGUAUGAAAAUGCAAAGAUAUUGCAUCAAGACCUCAGUGUUGGGAAUAUCAUCAUCUACCGAGGGCAGGGCUUCCUCAUCGAUUGUGACCUAGCAAAGCUACUCACUAUUCAGGGUCCUCAACAAACGACUCGCACUGGAACAUGGCAGUUCAUGUCUGCUCAUCUCGUCAAGCAUAGCCGCGCGAUCCAUACUGUUGAGGAUGACCUCAAGUCGAGCCUCUACAUCAUUCUGUGGACAGCUCAGAUGUUCAAGGAGAGCUACAUGAGCAUCAUUGACCAGACACAAUUCAUAACGCAGGUCUUGGAUGCUGAUCCAUUGGUGGGGUCUGGAGGAUGCGCAAAAUCGAGCUGGCUUGUCGCAAGAACAUAUUUUCCGCAGGAUAUAUUUGUCGACUGCAAACCGCUUGACAGUGUUAUCCUUGAACUUGCUCAGUUCUUCUCACAUAGGUACUCCAUACUCCCCCCUGAAGAGCAGGAGGAACUUGCGCAACUCUGGAUCACAUUCAAGCACCUUUUUACUGAAGAGCCUGUACAGAUGGCAGGACAUCAGAAAAUGAUAGAUUUCAUGCAAAACAUAAUGUCGAAGCUGCCUGCUUACAAGAAGGAGGUGGGUAUGCGAGUCCUGCACUCACACGACUCUGUCAUCAAGAUUUACAACAAGUAUCUUGAGGCACCUGGCUGGCCUGUUCAAGAUGCAGCUGUGCUGCAAAAACUGCAUCUGAGCGACAAGAAAACUGGACAUUGCAUGUACACAAAGUCGCUAUGCCUCUUGCAGGACGUGACACCAGUGCAGUGA